UGGCGGCCGGGCUCAGCCAGCUUCUGUCGCUGCACGGGCAGCUGCGGCUCGGGGACGGACUGACAGAGCCAGGGCCGGAGCCGCUCGAAGCCGGGCUAGGGAGAGCGGGCCCCCACCAUGAGGCCCCAGCCCCGCAGGAGCCCCCGCGCUCCCCUCGCGCCCAGCGCUCCGCGCUAGCGCCCGGCCGCCCGCCGGGGUGUGGGGAGGCGCCAAGGCCAUGGCCAGCCACGUGGACCUGCUGACGGAGUUGCAGCUGUUGGAGAAGGUGCCCACGCUGGAGCGGCUGCGCGCCGCCCAGAAGCGCCGGGCCCAGCAGCUGAAGAAGUGGGCGCAGUACGAGCAGGACCUGCAGCACCGCAAGCGCAAGCACGAGCGGAAGCGCAGCGCGGGCGGCAGGCGGAAGAAGGUGUCCUUCGAGGCCAGUGUGGCCUUGCUGGAGGCCUCCCUGAGGAACGAUGCUGAGGAAGUGCGCUACUUCCUGAAGAAUAAGGUCAGCCCUGAUCUGUGCAACGAAGAUGGACUCACAGCCCUGCACCAGUGCUGCAUCGACAACUUUGAGGAAAUUGUUAAGCUGCUCCUUUCCCAUGGUGCCAACGUGAAUGCCAAGGACAACGAGCUGUGGACACCCCUGCAUGCCGCGGCCACCUGCGGCCACAUCAACCUGGUGAAAAUCCUCGUUCAGUAUGGGGCCGACUUACUCGCUGUCAACUCAGAUGGGAACAUGCCCUAUGACCUCUGUGAGGACGAACCCACCCUGGACGUCAUCGAGACGUGCAUGGCGUACCAGGGCAUCACCCAAGAGAAAAUCAACGAGAUGCGGGCGGCCCCUGAGCAGCAGAUGAUUGCGGACAUCCACUGUAUGAUCGCGGCAGGCCAGGACCUUGACUGGAUAGAUGCCCAGGGGGCCACACUGCUACACAUAGCUGGAGCCAAUGGAUACCUGCGGGCGGCCGAACUCCUCCUGGACCAUGGAGUGCGUGUGGACGUGAAGGACUGGGAUGGCUGGGAGCCCCUACACGCGGCCGCCUUCUGGGGACAGAUGCAGAUGGCAGAGCUAUUGGUGUCCCAUGGGGCCAGUCUCAGUGCGAGGACAUCCAUGGAUGAGAUGCCAAUAGACCUGUGUGAGGAGGAGGAGUUCAAAGUCCUGCUACUGGAGCUAAAACACAAGCACGAUGUGAUCAUGAAGUCACAGCUGAGACACAAAUCGUCCUUGAGCCGGAGGACAUCCAGUGCGGGGAGUCGCGGGAAGGUGGUGCGGCGAGCCAGCCUGUCAGACAGGACCAACCUGUACCGGAAGGAGUAUGAGGGCGAGGCCAUACUGUGGCAGCAGCGGAGUGCAGCCGAGGAGCAGCGGAACUCUGCCUACAACGGGGACAUCAGGGAGACCAGGACAGACCAAGAGAAUAAGGACCCAAACCCCCGGCUAGAGAAACCCGUGCUGCUCUCUGAAUUUUCUACCAAGAUCCCGCGAAGUGAAAUGGACGGGCCUGUGGAGAACGGCCUCCGGGCUCCAGUCAGCACCUACCAGUAUGCACUGUCCAACGGGGAUGUCUGGAAGGUGCAUGAGGUGCCUGACUACAACAUGGCCUAUGGCAGCCCCGCUGUGGCUGAUGCCCCGUCGCCCUGGGUUGGCUACAAGGAACAGAGUCCCCAGACCCUUCUGGAGCUGAAGCGGCAGCGGGCUGCAGCCAAGCUGCUCAGUCAUCCCUUCCUGAGCACUCACCUGGGCAGCAGCAUGGCCAGGUCGGGCGAGAGCAGCAGCGAAGGCAAGGCCCCCUUGAUCGGAGGCAGAACUUCACCCUACAGCAGCAAUGGAACCUCGGUAUAUUACACGGUCACCAGCGGAGAUCCCCCGCUCUUGAAGUUCAAGGCCCCCAUGGAGGAGAUGGAGGAGAAGGUCCAUGGCUGCUGUCGCAUCUCCUAGUCUCUGUGUGACAGAGGAGAGGGAUGCUUCAGGGCGGGGUCUCUGGAAUCCAGGCCCACCCCGCAGCCCUCGGCUGGGGAGACCUCAGAGGGCAGCCUGCGGGGAGGUGGGCUCGGCAUUCCAGAGGGGCAUUCCAGAGGAACGCCGAGCCCACCUCUUGCCCAGCAGCCCAUAGUGUCGCCACUUCCCACGGCUUUGCUUCCUGCUGCCUUGUCUGCCGUCAGAAACAAGGCCCAUCAUGGCUUCCUGACUCACCCUGCUGUCAGAUUUUGGGAGGGAGAGGGGCUGGGAUUUGAUUCCAGUUCUCUUGUCGGUUUAGGCUUCUCUGGACCAAGACUCGCAUAUCACAUAUUGGCGUGCAUGUGCACACACACACACACACACACACACACACACACACACACACAGAUGCUCAACCAUGUGUAGGAAUGACACAACUGGGCUUAUGGGAGGCAGGUGGGACUGAGAAUCUGUGGGCUCUUCCCAAGGGGAUUGAGGCUAAGACUCCGUUGCAUCACCACUGCCAACGUGGCGUUAGCGCGGCGGGGGGCGGAGGGGCCGUGAAGCUGAGACCCACAGUCCUGCCCAGGGUCACGCGAGGGCCUGGGCCACCAUCCACAUCUGGCAGGAGAGGAGGUCCACUCUUUGUUCAGAGGAAGCUCUGGACCCACAUAGGGUCAGCGAGAUGGGCAAUGGCCUGCUUCCCACAGCCUUGGCCAAGCCAGAGGCCAGCUGUGUGACUACCCAGAGACCGAGGUAGAAAACCAGGCUAUUCCAUGUCUAGAAUAAUCCAGAUCAUAUUUUAUUUUUGGAUGGAAGUUAGCAAAAAUUGGAGGCGGGGGGGAUAAAGUUAGUGUUUCUGAAAGUGCAUUUGAUAAAAUAAUUCUUUUAGGCUGUAGAACUGCCGGUGGGAGGUAAUAGAAUUUGCUUUCCUGCUUUCUUUCAUGGAUAGCAUCAUGAUCACCAGGUUUUACUGACUGGUGUUGGAAAAAUCAAGCUAAGUGAGGGUGAGGCGUGAGUUUGUGUUGUUAAUUUCUACAGCCGUCUCUGGUGACCGGACAGAGCCCAGCGCCCUGGCUAAUCCUUAGGAAUAUUCAGGUGGUUUCCAUCCAGCCUGUGUCAGCCAGACUUCCUCAGACUGAGCCAUCGGAGUGCAAAACUGCUGGGGGCCCCCACCCCUCUCAGGGUAAAUGCUCAGGACUCCCAGCCCAGCUUUUGCUUUUUCUGAAAUGCUCGGUGAGACAAGUUGGCCAGUCGGCCCUUGUGAGAUCCUGCCUGGCCCAGGGGUUCCCAGCCUGCUCCCGCAGGAGUGGUGACACCCCAGGGCUGUGAAUCCAAGGUUCCCAUGGCCAACACCCUGCACUGCAUUCAGGAGAGCAGUGACGGGGCUGGAGUUGGGCCUCACUGCAGCCCGGCAGUCUCAUAGCCCUGACCUCCCUGGUGCUGGGGAGGAAAGACCAAGUUGCCCGCCAUUUCUUGACUGCAUUUUCUCAAGAGCCCCUUUGAAAUUGCUGCCCACGAAUUGGGUAGUGUCCACAGGCUCAGCCAAAACCUACUGGUGUACUUAAUAAGCUGCAGGGUUGUUCCCUGCUCUGUGCGCCUUUUAUUUGUCCUAAAACUACCUCCUUAGAGCUCUGAAGGGGCCCCCUAGGUCCAGAUUCUGGGAUUUGGGGAACAAAUCUGGGUUCCCUUUAAUCUCCUUUCUGAGCCUAUGAGAACUUCUCCCCGAGGGGCACCUGGGCCAGGGAGCUGGGGCUGGAGGAGCCCCCUUGUGCCACAAUUCCAGUAAUGGGGUCUGCCACUUAUAAGCCCCAGUCUCCACUGAGGCUUCCAUAGCCCCAUCCUAGCCCAGAGAGGGAGCUGAUCCCAGGGGCCUGGCUGAUGCUUUCCCAGGAGCAGGGCAGCUGGACCAGAGAGCAGAGGGCUCAGCAGAGCCACCAUGCACCUGGUGGCUCCUGGGAGCAGGGAGGGUCACAGCAGCGGGCCAGCCCCACCCCGAGUCCAGGACAGAUCCAGCGUAGGGUGGAGGGGCAGCUCAGGAGACCGCAGGCAGGGAUGCGUGAUGCCUCCCAUGCCCCGGCCUCUGGGGAAAGCUCUCCAUCGUGUCAGCCCAUGGCUGGAGCAGGGCAGGAAUAAUCAGAACACACAAACCUUUGGUUUUAAAACAGUGUUCAGAUUCGCCUGACCCUGAACUUCUCUUGAACCAACUUAAGCUGCAAACAAAAGACUGCCAAGGGAAGCCCUAUGCUCUCAGGAGAGGGCUGUGCAAGUUUUUGGAUCUGUAGGCUCAGGGCCCAGAGACAGAGGCAUUUGUUGCCCACUCUGAGCCCUUCUGGCCACUCCCUCUUUCCCCUCACUUCCUGUUUCCUGGGCCAUUCAUCUCCCAGCCCGAAAGAAGGUCGGGAAUCCCCCACAGGAGCCAACCACAGACUCAUAGGCAUUUUAGCUCUUGUUUCCAGUCGGGGUAAGCCAUUCCUUGUUAGGGCUUUGAGUACCUGGGAACUCAGCCUUUGGGUCUCCUUGGUGUUGAGGGACAAGGUGGGGUCAGGGUCGUUCAUUUAUUCGCUCAUGUCAUUCAUUGACUAGCUGAGACAUCCCCAGCACUAGGUUAGGCUCUGGGGAUAAAGGAGGAGCAAGAUGAAGUCAGGAGACUCCGUUUUACAGUUUUGAUCCCUUGAGGAUGAGCAUCUGAUACCCUGAGGUAUCAGGAGCCCCACUGAAUUCACCUGAGACAGAGACUGCAUCCUGGUCUAGCCUCACCUUGGUUUCUAGUUCUAGAAUCUCUAGAGUAAGGAAACCUGUCAGCAGCGAAACUGCUGUCCUGGCCCUCCCUGGAUAACAUUUGCCACUAAAUGCAGAUGCUGAAUCUUGAGUUCCAUGGGGACAGCCUUCCAAGUCUGUCUGGAACUUUCAGGGAUAGCCGCCUUCAGGCCGGCGUCUUUGGGGCAUUGUAGAAGAGCAGUCUGAGGUCAGUUUGUAGAAGAACAAAGAGUCUGGAAUUUGCUAUCUCAGGUUCUGAAACUCAUUGUCUCUUGCUCAUUUUUGCUCCUUUGUUAUGGAGUCCUCCUGCCCUACCUGUGGAUAAUGGAAGGCGAGGAACUUCUCUAACAGUGAAGUCUUUCCUCAUGCACCUGCCUCUGCCCCUGGAAGGUGUGGAUCAAGGAGCUGGGAGAAAGCUAGCAAGAUAUACUAGAUGCUCACCUCACUCUGGGACCCAGAUCUAAUCCUGGCUGAUUAAAGGAGGCUACUAAGAACCACUGAAAAUUGUGGCUCCCAACAGAUAGUUCCUAGCUAGGAGCUCAGGGAAGUUGAAUAAACCCUAGGCCCAGGUCUACUGAAGAGUUCGGGACAUAAUUCUGCAUCCCGUAUGCUGCUGUGAUUGAACUGCUCCACACUGUUUAUCGGUGUCAGCAGGUGUCCCCUGUCCUACACCACCACAGUUUGCUGGCUUUGUCAUAAUGAGACCAUUUUGGCAACUGGUGUCAGAUACCUUUCGGUCUUGAGCGCUCUCUUCCACUUGCCUUCCCAGAGUAGGUUACCGGGGCACUUUCCAGAAGGGCAAUUUUUACAAGAUGCUCAGAGGAACUGUAUUGAACUCUUGCAACUGUGGCCUGGGGACAGCCUCCCGCAUCCCAGUGCACAUAAGAGCGAGGGGUCAUGCGGCCAGUGGGUUGACUCUGCAGAAGUGACCCCCCCCUUUGCCAUAAGCUGUAGACCUCUCCUUGACAGGAGUCUCUUGUUGGCCAGUUGGCCAGAGGGCCUGCUUCCCAUGGGCAUUGCAAGUGCCACAGCGCGGGGCCUGGCUCUGUGCACUGAGGAAAAGUCCGCAGACUCCCAGCCCUCCGCAAUAAUUCACCAGACCAGAAGCCACUGAUGUACAGAAAACACUUAUGAAAAAUGUAUUUUAUGUGAAAAAAAGUUAAAACUCUGUAUACUGUAUCAGCAGCUUUGUGUAAAAAUGGCAAUCAAGAGAGUCUAAUAUAUUUAAAACUUUUUUAAAAAAAAAAUCCUCGCGGAUCUUUGAUAUUGUAUUGAAGUAGCUUCCAGGUAGCUCCUUGCCAUGUGGCAGUGGUGGGCCUCGAUCCAAGACCGGGGCUCGACCACACCCCCAAGGGGCACGCCCCUGGGGUUGCUUCCAGCUGCCAAGGCCUGUGACAGAAUUCACUGUUGAGAGUUUUUAAUUAAGAUUAUUAAAUUCCUUUUAAUAACA